CGUAAAAAAAAAAAGUCCAAAAGAAAACAACUUCGAAAGUAGGGGCUAGAACAAGAUUCUAGAUCUACUAUUAGAUCUAGAUCUACAAUUUUAGGGUCUAACUUUUUAGCCUUGGUUUAGUACUCAACCACUGACUGAUAGAUCUAAACUAACCCAGUUUUAUACUAAGCUGAAACAAUGUGUAAUGAACUGUAAGUUUGAAGAAUGAACGUACGCCUAUCCUCCCCUAUCCAAGAGUCCAUAGACUUGUGCUUCAUCAAUGGACAGCAAAUUUUCUGCUCAGGAAAUUGGCCCAGAUGAAGAUCAUCAAAUUCGCAGACAUGUAAAUGCCAAACAUAUAAAAGUUUUGGAUACAGAAACAAGCAAAUGGAAAAGGGGAAUAUCAUUUGUUGAAAGACAGUGUCCAAAGAUUGCAUUGUUUUUAAAUGAUGUUCCACAUUUACGCCUUCAGGAAGGAACAUAUGGCUUUAUUUGGGAUAAGAAUCUCCAACCCUCUGAUGGUCGGUAUGAGGCUGGAGAACACUACUGUGGAACAAGAGAGCCACCUAGAAAAAGUGUCCAUGGUACAGUUUCAUUUUACCGUGACGGCAUGACAGGUGCUAAAUUUGCUAUUAAAACUUUGGAGGAGAAUGCCCACUUUCAUCCCAAUGAAAUUAGGGUUGGCCUUACUAUUGAGCACCCUAACAUCUGCUCUGUAUAUGGAAUCAUCAUCCGAGCACAUCGCAUUCAUAUACUCUUAGAACAUGCAGGUUCACCAUUGAAUGAAGAAAGAACUUGGAUUACACAGUCACCACAGCGUAUGCUUCUGGCUGCAAAACAAAGUUUUCAGGCCUUAGAGGUUUUGCAUCUCAAUGGAUUUGUUCAUUGUGACAUUAAACCUGAUAAUAUAAUGAUAUCAAAGAAAUGCAGUGACUUUACUGUGAAACUAAUAGACUUUGGCAGCUGCCAGGCAGUUGGCGCUGGACUGCCAGAACAUGCUCAUACCACACUGUAUUACUGGUCUCCAGAAAUGUGGCUUUCACUUGACCAGAAGAAACAAGUGAUCUGUCGAUUUGCUAUGGAUGUUUAUGCGAUGGCUUUGACAUUUUAUUUUGUGCAGACAUCCAAUCAUUUAAUUCAGAUGCUUAAUGAGAAAGAAGUUAAAAAUCUUAUGGUGGAAAAUCCAGAUUUUAUUCUGCUGAUUGCACUUCCAGAAACCAUUCCCACUGAACUUAGGGCAGUCAUGCGGCCAUGUCUUGCAGGUUGUCCUGAAGCUCGAUGGAGCGCCGAGCAAGCAGUCCGGCAGCUAACAGAAGACACGCUGACAUCGGUAGAAAACUACAAGGAUAAAUUUGAAAGAUUAUAUGCUCUGCUUAAAAGCAGUCCAUCAGAAGUAUCUGCCAAAACAGUAUUUGGAGAGCAAGCUCCUUCAUUCACUAGAGAUCAGCCAGAAGGGGUGCAGUAUUUUGUUGGUAACAGUAAAGGGCCAGAGAAAAAAGAGAUAACGCCAGCAAAAAACAGAAAGAGUAUUGCAUUCACAGCUAGUAAGUGUGGUAGAUCUGCUAAAUGUAAAAAGACAAUGAAAUCUAUAGUAAAAGUGAAAUCUCCCCGGAACAAUUCCCUUGAAAGAAAUGUUGGCAAUCUCUACCAGCCUUGUUCACUUUUAACAAAGUUGGAAAAAACUUCAACUCAUGCUAACUUUGAGCCAUCAACUGAUGAAAAAGCAUAUUCUUGCUCUAUUUUAUUGAAAAAUCUUGCGCUACAAGUUCAACCUUCUGAGAAGAAAAAAGCCAUUGCAGAAGAAAUAGCAGGUAAUAGGACUGUGAGUCCACUGGAAGGCAUUUUCACCCAGUGUGAUAUGAGUAAAGAUUCAAGCAUGAAAUCUUUAAAUGUGAAAAAAAACAUUAGUACAAAGAAGUUGAGCAUGGAAACUUUAAAGUUUUCUAUGGUUCAAUGUGAUCAAACAGAAUUUUUGUCAAGUGGAAAAAUUAUUGACAAGAUACAGAGCAAAGCAAAGAGUGAGCAAGGCGCUAAGUCAGUCUUGCAUAACAAUAGCAAGCACAUAAAAACCAAAGGAUCUCCCCCUGAGUUAAACAUUGAAACAAGAGAUGCAAUCCUUGAGUCCCAAAAAUCAAGCUCUAAUGCCCAGAAUGUAACUCAACCAUUCCCAGAAAUAACAGAUAUCAGAGUACAUCCUCCAGUGCAUGAAGUAUCUGAUGGUCUUGACACCAGAGAGAAUCUCAAUGUGGGGGAUGACAUGGACUUUGUGAUUGAUGCACUGGGACCAACUAUUCUCACAGGAAAUGAUGAUGACAUUCUCAACAACUGGGUUCAAAUGCUAGAGAAAGAUGAAGCAACAGAAAAAAGCUCUAGUGUAGAGGCAGCCAUAGAUGUGAACCUUGAUCAGUUCAGGAGUGAGGCCUCUGUGCCAGCAGAGGAGGCCAUGGAUACAGAUGAAAGUGACAGUAAGGUUGGGAUGUCAAGCAUGAAACAUCAGGGAAUAAGUAGAAAACGCAUGUCUUAUCCUUUGGAAACACAUCCAAUUCCAGAAAAAACUAUUUGUCCUGAUCGUGAUCAGAUUUUGCCAAAUUUUGAAGAAAUCUUGCGUUAGCUUUUUUAAUGUCUGACUGCAUGACCACACAUUAAAUUUAGACAAGUAUUUCACAGCCUCACCAGGUGUUUUACUAGUUCUGGGUGAAGAAGAAAACUGGAUCUCCAGAAUUUUCAUUUGUCAAUAUUGACAAAAUGUUUUAGGGUCAUGGAACAUUUCUUAUGCUGGUUGACAUACUUUCUUGAAAAGCAGAGUAAAUAAAUAUAAUGGUUAUGUUUCCAGUGCAACUUUUAUUAAAAAAACCUCAAAACCAUCAUGCUACUAAUUGCAGAUUUAAAUAAUGUACCACUCUUAAUCCACCAUUGGGUAUGGUAAAGAGAUGGAAGUACUACUAAGUGUUUCUUUUUCAGUUAAGAAAAUAUGUCUAUCUUAUCAGCUAAUGUUCUUAAUUAUAUUGUUAGUAGUCACAUUAAUUAGAAGUGAUCUAAGCUUGUGACCACCUUUUAAACUCAAAUUAGGAGGUUGGUAUGGUUUCUAAACCAAAAAGUCCCAAGUUCAAACCCCCAAGCAGAUGAGGCUUGAUAAUUGUGGACAGCAACCCAUCUGAAGAGAAAACUCCAAAAUCAAACAGCUGCUGCCUUGCAGCUUGUCUUGGGAAGGCAAAGGCUAUCAAAGCAAAGCCAGAAAGAAAAGCAGGCUGAAAUUUGAGUCAACUGGCCAUAUGGCACAUAACAUGUUGACACAUAAUACUUGUGUUGGAUAAAAUCUCCUCCAUUACAAUUAAAAACAGAGAAGAGAAUAUUUAUAAUCCAGUUUGUAUGAGAAAUCAUUUCCAGUUCUCUGUAUAACUGGAAUUAAAGGAUAGGAUAUAGAUCUAAUAUUUAAACAAUGUAAAUGUUUAUAAAAGUGGUUUUGCUGUAGUGAUAAAAUAUUUUAUAUUAUUGUACAAAAUGAUCUUUAAACAAUACUUCAGGAAUUUGCAAGAUUGAAGCUGUUUGAUUGUACAUUCUAUUGUCCAUCAUUUUUAAAAAAAACUGUUCACUUAAUUGACUGAUGGUGUAUAAAAAUUAUACCUGCCUAUAUACAUUUAUAUAUGUAUUUAUGUCCAAAAAAGUGUAUUAAUGCUUUCCCUGUUUGAAAUUUCAAUGUAAUUUAAUGUAAAAUUAAUAAAAUGUAUGUAAAAAACCUGUUGUAUGAUGUUUAUGAUGCCCUCUGUUACCAUGGUAACACGAGCUCACAGAUCUUUCAAGAACUUGUUAUGUUUUUCCCAGAUUGAAGAUAAACACAAUUUUUAUCUGGACACUUGUCAUCUCUAGUCAAAUACAUUGUAAACUAAUGUCCAAGCAGCAUUGACAUGACUUCUUACACCAGAGUAAAUAGCUAUUUCAUUAGGCAUGAAAGAGAUUGUAUCUACAACAGCUACUUAGCAUACUUGUUUGAUAUUAAUACUUGAGCCAUAUUUAGCUGUAUGAUCACCAUUGAGCUGGUUUGUGGUGCCCAGUUCACCAUGAAGCUUUUAGGUGGGACCCAGAUCUGAAUGGAGAUGAAAGCUCUACCUAGAUUUGAAAUGAGCUGUUAAGCUGUGACCCUAUUCCUUAUUACUGUUUUAAGCUUUAACAAUAUUCAUGUAUUGAUCAUGUUUGCACAUAAAAUGAUGUACAAUGUUAUUGAAAACAGAAAAUAAACUUG